CGUGACAUCAAGCACAGUAAAAUCUUGCUGUAGUUUAUCAAGAAGCAGACAAACAGCCAGACUACAAGAUGAAGAGGGUUUCUUUUAUAAUAUGGGGUUCUUUCAUCCUUUUAAAUCAUUUAUACUUGAGCAAGUCUGAGGUUGUCAUUCAACCAGAUCGGGUGAUGACCGUCUCUGCUGGUGAUAGUGUCACUUUGCGUUGUAAAUUUUCGAGAGAUCACAGUGAUCCCAUUGUUUGGUACAAGCAAAGACCAGGAAAACAACCUUAUAUUGUUGCAAUGGUGCAGAAAUUUGUGGCCCAACCUGUGUUUUAUAAUGAAUUUAUAUCCCCCCGUUUUACUAUUGAGACAGGCAAAAAAGUCUGUCAUUUAAAUAUUUCAAAUGUUGCCUCAUCUGAUGAAGCAAUGUAUUACUGUGGAUGGAGAAAGUUUGAAAUAAUUUUUGCUGAAGGCACUUUUUUGACUUUGAAAGGGUCACAAAACCAGCAAAAAUUUAAUGUAUCUGUUAUUCAGCAUCCUGGAUCAGCGACUGUUCACCCUGGAGAAUCUGUCUCCCUGUUGUGCUCUGUGCUGUCUGAACUCACAACAGCAGAGAUGAGAAUGUUCUGGAUCAGAUCGGAUUCAGAAAAAUCUGCUCCACAAAUCAUUUACACUCGUAAUCAAAGUGAUCAAUGUGAGAUUAAAUCUGCUACACAGAACUGUACAUACAAUCUGUCCAAAGACAUUUUCAGUCAAACAGACGCUGGCAUUUAUUACUGUGCACUGAUCACCUGUGGGAAAAUUUUCUUUGGUAAUGGGACAAAAAUAAAUAUGGAAAAGCCUGUGGAUUUCAUAGUGAUUAUAUUGGGAGUUUUAUUGGGGGUUUGUGUGGUUGUGAUUACUGUCCAAGCCGCCUCAAGCCAUAAACAAGAAAGAUACUGCAACAGAGAAAAUGUUCAGGACUUUGAAAAUGAACAUCCUUCCAGUCAGGGCUGUGAAGCGGUGAAUUUGCAUUAUGCUGCCCCACAUUUUAAGGAAGGAAAAAACAGAAAAGCAAGACAUAAAGAUACUCAAGAAAGUGUUUACAGCCAGUUGAACGAUCUCAGUGUGAUUGAAUACAGGAUACAGUAACUGUAAACACUGUGCAUAUAACAAAAACAUUUUCAUAAGAGCCUCACCGGAUUUAUACUGAUGCACUAAACACUUGUAGUCAUGUCUAGCUUAAUAUUAUUAAGAUCAAAUUUUGAAAUGCUUAAAAGUUAAUCCAGAAAAUGUAUGAGAAGCAAAACUUUGUGGAAUGAAAAUUAUCAUUUUAAUUUCAUUUUCACUUUUGUGCCAAAAUCAUACUAUUAUAAUGAUUUUUAUUACCAUAAGCAGUUUUGCAAACAAAGUGUAAACAUGUCAAGGCACAUAAAAUUGCAGCUUGUACCACACAAUGUUGAAAUUACA